CUAAACAAAAUUUUGAUAACUCUCGGAGAAAUUAAGAUCCAAGAGAAGACGGAAACGAAAAUUUUGAAAGUUUCAUGAUCGUAAAAAAUUUCCCACUCUUUCCCGCUCUGUAAAAAUGUUUCUCUUCCUCCCUCUCCAAAAUUUCCCUCCAAUCCAUCUUCCAUAACCAAGCGCAUGCAGAAAUCGAAUCCAUCAGAUUCAUCUUUCAACAAUCUACAGAAAAUAAUCAAUGGACAAUGGUUGCGGCAUUUCCAAAACCAUUUGUUCAAUCUGCUACGAGGAUCUUAAGCCUAUUGUUGAGGAUCUUCAAUCCAUCUCCAUCUGUGGCCAUGUCUUCCACGAGCUCUGUUUACAGCAGUGGUUUGAGUAUUGUUCGAAUGGGAAGAAGAAGUACAGUUGUCCUAUGUGCAAGCAGAACUGUGUGGCCAAAGAUGUCGCGCGGCUGUAUUUUCAGUCUGUUGGGGAUGCGAAUGAUUCGAUGCUUGCUAAGAAACCGGCCGAUUGGGUUGAGAAAGAUCCGGAGUUGUUGAGAAGUGAGGUCAGGAGGCUGGAAAUGAAGGUCACGGUGCUUAAUUCCACAAUGGAGACUCAGGGGAAGGAUCUCAAAGAACUCAUUGAGGAGCUUCAAUUUUGCCAGGAUGAAGUGAAGAAGGAAGUGGGCUUGAGGAAUGAAGCCAUGAAACAAAAAACUUCAAUGUCUCAAUUGCUUAACUUAAAAUCUGAGGAACUCGAAAAAUCAACAGUUGAGUGCAAAAGGUUGAACGAAAGAAGUAUGGCUUUGGCUAAAGAACUUGCAGCUUUCAAGUUAGUAUCUGAAGUGGAUCUUGAUGAAGAGGAGGUUCGUAAGCUUUCUUCAUUGGGUAGUGGAGCAGACAAUAAAGAUACAAUCGACAUUCUAAGGAAAUCAUUGGUCCUGCGAAAUAGGAGUUAUAAAGAGCUGAUGGCAAAGUGCAAUCUUCUUGGAAGGGGAGAGGCUCGCUAUUGUAAGAAACUUGAGAAGGCAAAAGAGAAAAUAAAUAAGCUAAAGGUAAGGGUCCAAGAACUAGAGAAAUCCAUUGAAGAUAAAGAUAAUGAAGCUCUGAGAGGCUUGAAAGAGGCUAAAAAAUCAGGCGUUCAAGGUAGUGUGUGUUGUAAAUGUAACACGGUAGCAGCAAAAAAUAAGCUCGCUGCUUCACCAGAUGCUUCAGGUUCAACUGCAAGCCAGAUGAACGAACCAUUAUCUUCUAGAAAAGGGAAAAAUUGUGACUUUGCAAGUGAUGUUCAUAUCACCGAUUUGACCUUGGUAGAUUCAGCUAAGAGCAUGUGCUCCUCAAUGAAUAAGAAAUCUUCAGAUUUUUCUCAAAUUAAGGAAGCCAAUUUAGAUUCUAAUAUAGAACGCCAAGUAAGUGAGGAAGAAGCAGAUCAAAGAUCUUACCAUCCUCAGUUGACCGGUUGCAAUUUAGUCCGAAAAAAGGCAGCAGAAAGAACAACCAACCUAGUGAAUACUAUACCUCCAACAGCUACAGUCAAUAAUACAAGCACGACUGCUGUUCCAGGGGAUGAAUGCAUGCCUUUAGUGAUUGAAGACACUGCAGAAUUUGAACCUGUGCUUAACAUUAGACGAGAAUCCUCUAGCCACUUAUCACAUAACAAACCAGGUAUAAGUUUUUCUGGUGGCAUACUUGGCCCUGAUGGAUCAAAUAGGUUCUUGGGUAAAUGGUGCAAACGUGGUCUGACCAAUGGGGGUGCAAUGCCAGGUUCACGUUCUGGUGAUCUGAUUGCAGUUGGCGCUGAUGGGAGAGGUGGACAAAUUAAAGUCCUGAGAUCUCAACAUGAAUCCUCACGGAUCGACACGGUUUCAGCAGGGGCAAAGAGGCACAAGAACGGAGUAAAAGAUGUUAAUAUGCGAAUAGAACACUUCUUUUCAAGGACUUAGUCACUAGACAGCACUAGAUAGCUUCUUUUCUAGGUGUAAAAUUUGUCAUUUUUCGUAACAUAUAGUAGAAGGUAAAGAAGUGAUUAGGCAUGAUCUGUUUUCUUUGCAGAAUUUUUUGGUUUCAUUCUCUUAUUCCUUUUGGAGAAUAGAGUUAUUGGCAACUGGAAAGAGGAUUCUUUU